CUCGAGGCCUACGCUCUUCCUCUCGUUUGUCGCCCACCAGGCUUCUCUCCAUCGAUUCGGCCGCGUAAACUCGAUCAAGCUGGAAUUGAUGGAGUUGGAGAACAUCGUAGCAAACACUGUGUACCUCAAAGCGAGAGAAGGCGGUGGUGACAGCAACAAGGGUAAGAGUAAAAAAUGGCGAAAGAUACUCCAGUUUCCACACAUUUCCCAAUGCAUCGGCCUAAAAGAUAAGCUGGACAUCAGGUACAGCUAUGUGGUGGAUCAACAACCGAUCGGUAGGCUGUUGUUCAGGCAAUUUUGCCAGGACAAGAAGCCAUCUUACCAUCGGUACAAUCUUUUCCUGGACGCCAUCGAGAAGUACGAGAUCGAGAUGGAUGAGAAUCGGACCGAGCUGGCCAAGGACCUGUUCGAGCAAUACCUGAAGAGGGAGGGCUCAGAGGUCGUCGACAUCCUAAACGAUUCUUUGAUCGCCCAGUGUGAGGAGAGACUCGGCACUGGCGGCAAGGAGCUCUUUGUUGAAAUCGCGCAGACCGUGAAAAACUUUCUGGCCGGCGAACCUUUUUCAGCUUUCCAAACCAGCUUUUAUUUCUAUAGGUAUCUUCAAUGGAAGUGGCUAGAGGCGCAGCCAGUCACGUACAAGACGUUUCGUAUGUACAGGGUGCUAGGAAAGGGUGGAUUUGGCGAAGUAUGCGCUUGUCAGGUACGAGCAACAGGCAAAAUGUACGCCUGCAAGAAACUGGAGAAGAAACGAAUUAAAAAGCGCAAGGGUGAAGCCAUGGUACUCAUAGAGAAGAACAUCUUGCAAAAAAUUAACUCCAAAUUCGUCGUUUCCCUAGCCUAUGCCUACGAAACCAAGGAUGCAUUGUGUCUAGUCCUGACGAUUAUGAAUGGAGGAGAUUUGAAAUUUCAUAUUUACAACAUGGGCGGAGAACCUGGUUUCGACAUUAACCGCGCUAGGUUUUACGCAGCUGAAGUAGUCUGUGGCCUGGAACACUUGCAUUUGCAAGGAAUCGUCUACAGAGAUUGUAAGCCAGAAAACAUUUUGUUAGACGAUCAUGGUCAUGUAAGGAUAUCUGAUCUUGGUCUGGCUGUGGAAAUCACAGAAGGCGACAUGGUCACAGGAAGAGUUGGAACGGUCGGAUAUAUGGCGCCAGAGGUGAUCGACAAUGAGAAAUAUACCUUUUCACCGGACUGGUUCAGUUUUGGAUGUCUUUUAUACGAGAUGAUCGAAGGUCAAGCUCCCUUUCGUGCCAGGAAGGAGAAGGUGAAGAGAGAAGAGGUGGAUAGGAGGGUGAAAGAAGAUCAAGAAAGAUAUUCCACAAAGUUUACCGAAGAAGCAAAGAGCCUGUGUCAGCAAUUAUUGAAGAAGAGUCCGAAGAACAGGUUAGGCUGCAAGUGCGGCAGACACGGUGCUAAGGAAGUAAAGUUGCAUAGCUUCUUUCAGUGCUUGAACUGGAAAAGGGUCGAGGUCGGUAUGUGGGAACCGCCGUUUGUGCCGGAUCCUCACGCGGUGUACGCUAAGGACGUGUUGGAUAUCGAACAAUUUUCCACGGUAAAAGGUGUGAACUUGGACGCGACCGACGACACCUUUUACAGUAAAUUCAAUACUGGCAGCGUGUCCAUCCCGUGGCAGAACGAGAUGAUAGAGACUGAGUGUUUUAAGGAACUGAACGUGCUAGGUCCUAACAACACACCUACUCCUGAUCUGUUGAUCAACCAUCCGCCACCGAAUAAUGAGAACAGAGGCUGUUUCCCAUUCCGAAGACAGAAGAAGCAGAGUGCCCGCACAAGACAGAUACCGUUAUCAGAGUGCCAUCUGCUGGAGCUGUCGCAGAGCCAAAACUCGGAGAUGCCAGCCAGCUGAUCCAAAAUGAACUCGAGUAGUGUGAAUCAAUCGACGUCGUCGUCCGUGCGCCGUCGUCGUUGCGGACGACGCCGACGGGCGCUCAGGUGCUGCCCGAAGCUGCUUUAAAACAGGAAACAGAGCAAGAAAGAAACUGCUCCGUGAUUUUGACGCCGAUUUUUCGUCUGCAAAUCCCGUAAGAUUCGCCCUCGUUUGUAAGAGUGCUACGCCGAGAGGAGGCGCUGACUUUCAGCGCUAAAAGCACACUGACGUAUGUUUUCUCAGGUUUCUCGGAGUAGAGAGAGACGAACCGUUGAUACUCGCGUAUCCUAACCUUCAAUAUGCAAGAGAAACUUUGCAAAUGCUCUUGUUGCAAAUGAAAAGAAGUGCAACCAUUAAAUGUAGUUAUACAUCGAAAUAUGCGAUCCUCUGCAUACGAAAUUCAUUAUAAAACAUAGUCAUUGUUACGUGUGCAGCGCCUCGUGUUGCCUUUUCAUCUAAUGCAAAAAGUAUAAUAGUAAAUGUGUAUCGAGAAAAGUUUGUUCGCAUGUAGAAUCCUCAUUUUCUCUUAUAACCAUUAUCGAACGCUGUUCCUUGUUCAAUUGGUGCGUCUGUGUGUUUAAGUACACUUACACCAUCGACGUACACGAAUGUAAGGCACGAUUUUUUCAGCGUUCACGCGUUAGUAUAUGUGCAAUGCUCGUACGCGUAGAUACAUUUGUAAACGGUGCAAUUUCACGUCGGUAAUUGGGGUCGCGUGCACGUAAUUUUGUAUGUGUACUUAGAGCAGUUAACGGGCGCGUGCACACGCGAUAAUGAAAGUAAGAGCAUUAUUAAGUAAGGAAAAUGUACGCGGAGAAAUUCCGACAUAACGAAGAUUCGUUGGGAAAGGAACGUUGCUCCGAUGGAAUCGAGCAUUUCUCUUUCGUUUCUUGCAGCAAAUUUCGGAGGCAUUCAAGUUUUUCAAUCAGUCUUCUAACCCGAAUUAAUUCGAUACGCUCAAAAUAAUCACAGGGUUAUUUAUGUUCGUACAACCUGAUUAAUAUUUUGAAAGAUACUCUCAAUAUCUUUCAUUCUUGAUACUCGAUUCGUUUGUUUUCCACGUAUAUAAUCCUCUGGUUGUUUCGGGCAAUGUGAAAAAAUAAGGUGUAAGAUCGAGUCGAAGUUUAUUUGCAGUCAAUGUGUUCUUUGUUUAGUGACAAUCUUCCAAUUUCGUUUUGGAAUAUAUAUCGCAUUGCUCAAAGUGGUCGAUGAAUUCUAAACUCAAAUUUACAUCUCGAAAACUCAACGAUAUAAAUUAUAUAAAUUAUAUGAUUACGUUAAGGAACGCGGUCUCCUAAUUAUUUUGAGCAGUGUAAUUAGUCAUCGUCUGCCUAAUUUGUUCAAGUUUCUUCUCAAAUGGGACUCGAGCGGAAUAGAUGCAUUUAGGAAGCGUUGAAAGUCUGUGUUUUGAUAAUACUUUUACUUUUUGACGGAUGUUUGCGUGUAUAUAUACAUAAUUCUUCCUCUUAAGUACGAAUACGAAGAGAAACCCGUCCUGAGAUACGCACAAAUCGGUAUACGAUUCAUUCUUUUCUCUACCGAAUGAUUCAGUUUGAAUAUAGUAUAUUUGAUCGAACGUUUUCGCGAGGCUAUUUCGAGAAGAAAAAGGAAAAUAAAAAAGAACUCGAUGAAUCGCACAGGUGACGAAGCGUACAAGUAUCAUCAGGCAUAAAUACACACUGAAAUUUAUUUAUACGAUAACGUUGAGAGGAAUUUUUUACGCUAUCGAGAAAUCGAUAAAGGAUUGGCGACAAGUAGAUCAGAAUACUGAUAGUGGGCUGAUAGCGAAACCGAAAGUAGUAAUCUCAUCUUAAUAUCGAUGAAUCGUCGCCGUUACAUGGCUCGUUUUAUUAGUCUUUACUUCUCACCACUUUUUUCUCUUUUUAUCCUUUUUCCAAGAUUGUAUUACGCGUCAUGCCGCGGAAAAUUGAAUCGUACAUUAUAGAAUGGGUUGGCAAGCGAUUAAUCCCAAUUUCAAUUUGAUACGAUUAUUUUAGAUAAUUAUAGAUUAUACACGAUUUGUCCGAAUAAAUUGUCUUUAUUCAAAGGCGUAUUCGCUUGGCAGCCCAUUCGGUAGUAAUAUUUAUGUACUAUCGCGUAUUUAAAGUAAACGGACGUGUGUGUCUCAAUAAGCGGUAUCGAUCUAGUAAUUUAAAACGAAGGAAAACGUAUUAUUAAUUAAUCUACGAAUAACGGUGCGACCUCCUAUUGAUCAUAUCUAUCAUUAAACUCGAUUCAAACGAUAAACGAUCUUUCGAAAGAAUUUCACGUUUCGAGAAACAUUAUUUCAAAGGUUUAUCGAUUGAAUCUCGGGUUUUUAAUCGCUCACGGUACAAGUCCUUGCCAUUCGUACAAAUUGCGGUAGAAUUCUCAUUGUUCAACCAUCGACGACGAUCUCGAGGAAUUAUUAAUCUUAGAAUAUCAGUUUUGAAAUUUAUUCGAUUAGUCGAUCGAAAGAUAUCUUUAAUGAAUUCUCCAGUCGGUGGGAAAGUUGAUAUAUCGUCUAUUGUUCGUUCAAAUUAAUUAAGGAAAAUGUCGACGUCCAAAAAUUAACGAAAAUAGCAAGAUCCCCAGACUACGAUUACGCAUUUUUAUAUUUUUCUGAACGUAGGUGAAGGAAUGCUAUCUUAAAUAUCAUAAUAAGUAUUCUAGUUUAAAUAUUUUAUACAUAUUUUACAUAUUACACGCAUUCUGUAAAUUUUUGGAAUUCGAAAUUUCCCAAGAAUGCAGCAAUUAUAGCGAUAAAUUAUUUUGGAUUAAUUCUCGAGUCGUUGAGACGGUUUUAAAUCAGUGACGCAAUUUUGUAUUACUCCUAAUAUCAUAAGUUAGCGUGUAAGCAAGUAAUUACCGACGGGGGAGAAACGAUAUCAUCGCGUAAGUGGAAAUGCCGGUAGUUCGUUGUACGUUCGCGCGGCGUCACCGAGUCAGCGUAAUCGUGCAGAUACUUCCGAUUACGAAAGAAAUCUCUCAGUGCUUUCAACUGUGAUUUUGUCUGACGAGUUGCAGCUCCGUUUAUUUAAUUUAUUCAUACUUUUCUGCGAGCUACCGAGCAUGUUGGAGAAAAAUAUCUAUCGAACGUAGCGGAUCGUGUCCGACCCGGAAAGACGACGAUGUUGAUGCGUGUCUUUUGCUCAAAAGAGACAAAGAAAUAUGUAUUCUCGUAUAUAAGUACCUCAAAUUCUGGCGGACAAGUGUUCUGGAAUCUCGUUCAGUAGCCUGUCAGUAGUGAUGGACAUUUGAAUCUCAAUUUCGGAGCGAUUCGAAAUCUUACGAUAGCGUGAAAAUUCGGAUCACUUUGAAUAUGAAUCGCUAUUUAGGAUCUUUUAAUCUCUUCGAGACUCUUUGAAGCUUUAAAGAUUCAAUAUCUAUUAAGGCUUAAGGUAGUCUCGGUAAGUCUGUGAAUCUUCUUAAGAUUCUCCGAUAUAUCAAAGAUUCGGAAUUUAUCGAAUCUAUCAAAACUUUUGAGUAUCGAACCAUAUCGAAACGGUUUGAGCUUUUCGUUAGAUGUACAUAUUCGAUGCGAUUCGAAACGUUUCAGAGCUCAUCACUACGGAUCGCGUUUCAUUGCUCUUACUUUUCCUUUAUACGAAUCGUGUCUUCGUUCAUUCGCUAGUUUAUUUUCUUUUUUUACAUCAUGUAUAAAUUAUGUAGGGCUUUAACGUUCUUCCUCUUUCCCUUUUUUUUUAUCGAACAUUUUUGUACAGUAUGUCGUUUCAUGUAGAAUAAGGAACGAGUGUCUUUUUUUUUUUUACGACUCGAAGAGCGAGAUAAAUCGCCGUGGGCUGGCGCGAAUACUAAAUCAUUCCACUUUUUCGUGCAAGUAUUCGUGUGCAACUGUUUCACUUUCUGUUCGCGAUAAUUUAUGCGCAAUGUCCAAGUUGGAAACGCCAAGAGGCGUUUGUGGUUACCAAAUUGCAUUGGAAUAACUAAUACUUCAUCGUUUUAUAGCUCUCUAUUCCUUUCGUUAUCGUUAUGUUUCUUUUUCCGUACAACGAUUUAUCGACGAAAUCAAUGUUCCUUCUUACUUGUGUUGAAAUUUUUUCCAUCGAUGAAAAUAUGUCUCUCGGUGUAUUUCUUUCGAAUAUUAGGCUAAUCAUUUCUUACGUUAUUAAGAAUAAAAAUUACUAAUAUGCAAAUUGUCGAUUGUUAUUCCUCUGCAACUAAUUGGUAUUUCCCCGAGGAGGAAUCUCGAUAAUCGCGAGAAAACCAUCGGCAGAGCAGAAUCUCCAUGCAAGCACGUGAAAGUUCUCCUUUGUACAUAAUAUUUACGAUGAUAACGAUGAUAUUAAACGAUAGCUAUAUAAUUCUAUACGAACAGCAAGCGAAUAAAUGAAUAAAUUAAGCGUAGAUAUGCGUGUUUGUAUAGGUGCAAGGAAGGAUACAAACGGUAGCAAAAAAAAAAAGAACUUUUUCGCGAGACGGCAGGAAUACCCGCGUGAGAUUAUCACUGUAUUUAUAUCGUAUACCUUCUUCCACGCUUCUUUUUACCCGCUACCACGUGCAACUGCGUAAAACAAAAGACUAAAAUGCCAUGGAACGAUGCGUGUAAAUGUAAGCACGUUUGACGAGCGAUCAAAUAGUAUUUGAAAUAAAUGAAUUUAGAAUUGUCUUUUAAUAUUAUUUUUACAGCAACGAUUACGAAUUAGUUUUAAAUAUAAUAAUUUGUUUAUUUACUAGAUACGGAAAGAAUCGUUAUCGGAGAAUGUGGUUUGUUUAAAAGGAUAAUUUAACGAAUUUAUACUUUAUUACAAAUACUAUUUAUGCCGAGAAUUACGCGAAUCCUCGAUGGAUCGAGGUCAAUUCUAAAAGGCAACUUAGCUCUAAGAUGGAUCGUGCGGUAAUCACCGAUUGAAUUUCCCGUACUUUUAGUCUGCGUCCCAGCCACGAUAUUCUCGGCCUAAUUUCACGAAUUUCAUUUUUUUUAUUUUCGAACGAACCAUAUGUCGCUCAAAAAUAUCGUUUCUUUUACUAUGAACCGUCUUUUACUACGAAGCCACUGAAAUUAUUUGAAAAAAGAAACAGAUCGUGGUUUUAUCGAUUGGAUGCGAGUUCGUAGAACUGUACGGAUCUCCUUAGUCUCCAAGACUAAAUUCGAUGUUUGAUGGCAUUUCUAACGAAUAAAAUAUUAAAACGGCACUACUUAAAAUAA